GACCUUUAUAUAUUACAGUUCUUCUCCUACUGGUAAGAGAAGUACUAUAGAACAUAUAUACAGAUAUAUAAUGUCCGACGAAAAGAAGGAGGUCACUAAUAUUACUAGUAUUACAAGUGUUGGUAGUCACUACCAAGAACUUGAAGAUCAUGAAAUUGAUUUGGCCGCCGUUACUUCUCACCCAAUUUCUAUUGGUGAUGUUGGUACCACUUUAACUUCUGAUCAAAAAUGGUUUAUAUUAAACAGAUUAAACUUUCAAGGUUUAGUCUCUUUAGAAAAUAUUCCAAUUCAAGCAAGUUUUAUGAUUGAAAAGAUUGAAGGUUUAACGGUUGAAGAAUCGGUUGAAAUUGUCAAAACUACUAUCCAUAAUCAUAGAGAAGAUAUUAAUUAUCCAUCUGAAGAUUACGACUUACUUAUCAAGUUAAUUGAGUACAAUGAUUCUCAUGAUGGUGGUGAUAAAUAUAAUACUGAUUUCCAUGAAAUUGUUGAUUGGGAAUUGCAAAUUAAAUUGGAAGCUUCAUUGAUUGCUUAUCACUCUCCUUACCCAGAAGUCAGAGCUGUUACUGAUCCAUUUGAUGAUCCUUCCGUUCCCGUUGAAACUGUCAGAGUUUAUAUUGCGGGUGUUAUCUGGACUGCCAUUGGUGCGGUUAUUAAUCAACUUUUCGCUGAAAGACAACCUGGUAUUACCUUAGAUGCUUCUGUUGUACAAGUUUUUCUUUAUCCAACUGGUUUGAUUUUAGAAAGAAUCUUACCAAAAUGGAAGUUUAAAGUCUGGAGAUACACAAUCGAUUUAAAUCCAGGUCCAUGGACUUUCAAAGAACAAUUCUUAGCUACUUUAUUCUAUUCUGUUUCAGGUGUAUCUUCUUAUGUGUCUUAUAACAUUCAUGUUCAAAAAUUAAAAUUCUUUUAUGACAAUCAAUGGGCUGACUUCGGUUAUCAAACUUUAUUGAUUUUAUCUAAUAACUUCUUAGGUUUCGGUUUUGCUGGUGUUAUGAGAAAAUUUGCUGUCUACCCUGUUGAAGCUUACUGGCCAACCUUGUUACCAACAAUUGCUUUGAAUAGAGCUUUGAUGCAACCUGAAAAGAGAGAAAAGAUUAAUGGCUGGUCUAUUUCUAAAUACAGAUUCUUCUUCUACAUGUUCAUCUUUUCCUUCGUUUACUUCUGGAUUCCAGAUUUCUUAUUCAAUGCUGUUUCAACUUUCAACUGGCUUACUUGGAUUAGUCCAAAUAAUUUUAAUCUUGCUAUGAUUACUGGUUCCUUUGCUGGUUUAGGUUUAAAUCCAAUUCCAACUUUCGACUGGAAUUACUUAAACUUCAAUUAUGCUUUGACUAUUCCAUUUUACUCACAAGCAUCUCAAUAUGUUGGUUCCAUAAUUACUUUCUUCUGUAUUAUAGGUGUUUACUGGUCAAAUUACAAAUGGACUGCUUACUUACCAAUCAAUUCUUCCUCAUUAUUCACCAACACCGGUGAACCAUAUGAAGUUACUUCAAUUCUUAAUAGCAAAAGUUUGUUAGAUCAAUCCAAAUAUGAUGUCUAUGGUCCUCCAUUUUAUUCAGCUGCUAAUUUAGUGCUUUAUGGUGCUUUCUUUGCCCUUUAUCCUUUUGCCAUUGUUUACGAGAUUGGUACUAAAUAUGAAUCCAUGUACUCUGCUAUGAAAUCAUUUAUUCUUGGUCUUAGAAACUACAGAAAAUCUACAUUUGAAGGUUUCGAUGAUCCUCACACCAGAAUGAUGACUGCCUAUAAGGAAGUCCCUGAUUGGGCUUUCUUGUGUGUUUUAAUAAUUGCUCUUGUGUUAAGUAUCAUUUGUGUCAAGAUCUAUCCUGCUGAAACUCCAGUGUGGGGUAUUUUCUUUGCUCUUGGUAUUAAUUUUGUUUUCUUGAUUCCAAUCACUGCUGUUUAUUCAAGAACUGGUUUCGGUUUCGGUCUUAAUGUCUUGGUCGAAUUGAUUGUCGGUUAUGCUCUUCCAGGUAAUGGUUUAGCCUUGAACUUCAUCAAGGCCUUCGGUUACAACAUCGAUGGUCAAGCUCAAAACUAUAUUACUGAUCAAAAGAUGGCUCAUUACGUUAAGAUUCCUCCAAGAUCGUUAUUUAGAGUUCAAAUGUUAUCUGUCUUCAUUGCUUCUUUCAUUCAAUUGGGUAUAUUAAACUUCUGUAUUGAUCACAUCAAGGGUUACUGUGAGCUUGAUAAUCCUCAAAAAUUCACUUGUCCAAACUCCAGAGUUUUCUAUUCUGCUUCUAUCUUAUGGGGGGUCAUUGGUCCAAAGAAGGUUUUCGACGGUUUAUAUCCAAUUUUAAGAUGGACAUUCUUAAUGGGUUUCCUCCUUGCUAUUCCUUGUCUUAUCUUUAAGAGAUAUGGUCCAAGGAAAAUCACCAAAUAUUUUGAACCUACUAUUAUUAUCGGAGGUAUGUUAAUUUGGGCUCCUUACAACUUGUCUUAUUAUACUGGUGGUCUUUACUUAUCAUUCUUCUUUAUGUUCUACUUAAAGAGAAAGUACCAAUCUUGGUGGACAAAGUACAACUAUAUCUUGACCAGUGGUUUAAGUGCUGGUCUUGCUUUCUCUUCUAUCAUUAUGUUCUUUGCAGUCGAAUAUAAGACUGUCUAUCUUUCAUGGUGGGGUAAUAAUGUUCCUUAUGCUGGUAUUGAUGGUGGUGUUGGUCAACAAUCUUUAUUGGAUCCAACCAGUGUUCCAGGUGGAUAUUUUGGUCCAAGAGCUGGUCAUUUCCCUUGA